AUGACCUCCAACUCCGAGGCGCAUACCCGAGGCAGAACUUGGAAAAUGCCCAUGAACAGGGCCCCUGAGAUCAGCUUACAUGCAUCCGCGAUCCUAGGCCCCCGAUGCCAACCUCUUACUGCCAUGGAAACCAUGAAAUCCUUGGUAACAUCAGAGACUCCCGACAACUUACGACAAAAGCUGAGCUCAGCUAACUUACCUGUUACCACCCCGGGAGCGCAGCCUGAUGCCUCACAGAACCAGAGCAGGCACAACAAAUCUUGGAGACGUUCCUCAUCUGACCUGAAGCACCCGUGGACCUGCUCAAAUGAAAGCCAUUCUCCCCCAUGCCUUGCACCAUGUGGAGUCCGCCACCGACCCCUGGAUCCACGCCAUCACUCUCUCAACCCAAACAUCUCUGACAUAGAAGAGAUAAAAGGUAGUGAAAAUUCAAUAUUUCAGUUUCAGUCGUGCCUUUUUCUGGCUACCACAGAAGCAACCAGUAUCUCAGAUUCCCCUACCUCAAUGCUAUCAACAUCUAAAAUGGAGGAAGGAUCAAUGUCAACAUCAGUUAAUGAAGAGGUUUCUGCUACCACAGAAGCAACCAGUAUCUCAGAUUCCCCUACCUCAAUGCUAUCAACAUCUAAAAUGGAGGAAGGAUCAAUGUCAACAUCAGUUAAUGAAGAGGUUUCUGUCUCAACAAUAGAGAUCAGCCAGACACAUCAAAAUGAAAUCAAGAAUGAGACACUCUCUGUGAUCACAUCACCAAGUACUCACACAUCAUCACCAGGUGUGACAAGAGCUGCCUCCACCUUGAAAUACAGCACAGAAUCACAAUCGACAAUAUAUAAACAACCAGCAGAUACUGUCAUACCCCCAGCUGACCCCUGGCUCUGGAAAUAUUGCGCAAUUGGUGGUUCUUCUUUCUUAAUGGUAACCUUUGUGAUAAUUAUACUCCUACGCUGGACUUCCAGGAAACGAAAGAGGCAAAGAGAAAUGCCAGCUCCCUUGUGGAUAAGUUGUGACUCUCUAAACAACACUAACGAUUGUCCAAAGACCAAAUCCUCAGAACAAGUGUUACCCCUGCUGGAGCAAGUGGAGAUGGACAAGCAACAUGUAUAUGCAGAAAUUGACCCAAUUCCACCUCCGGUGGAAAAAACAACUUCUUCAUCAAAACCUCCCACUGCUAAGCGCUUCUCUAUCCCUUUACCAAAGAUUGUUGAUGUUACUUACUCAACUGUGCAGGUGCAUGAUUCUCUGCCAACCGUUUACGAGACAAAACUUCCAGUUAAACCCACAAAGCUUCCAAACAAACCUACAAAAUGCCCAGAUAAACCUACAAAACCUGCAAAUAAACCUACAAAUCUCCCAAAUAAAACAACAAGGCAGCCCUGUGAGAAUUUCUAUUACACCGUGGAAUAUACUGACUUAACAAAGAAGGAGUAACCAUUUCUGAUCACCACAGAGAAGUAGAACAAAACUAACAUGUUAGAAUCAAAUCUUGUAUUUUGCCAGAAUUGGUUUCAAUUUAAGUUAAAGUACACAGUUGUGAUAGUAGUUGUGUUCCAUACCACCAACUUAGAUGAUAUAUAUGCAUUAGAAAAUAGAAUAACUGAUGUAAAUGUAAGGGUAUAAUGGCUCGAAAUAGCUCGAAAACACACGCAAAGUGUGCCUGAUGUUUAUAGUAAUAAGAAACAAUAUAAUAUCUCUCUGUCAUGUAAA